ACUCAAGACAGCACUAUACACUAUUUGCACAGCCAUUUGAAAACUACAGUAAAGUUACACAUUACUGUAUUUAGUGAGGUAACAGAGUAUACAAGACACUGAAUAUGUAUGUUUCACAUUUUUACUGCAAUUCUAAUUUGUUCACAGCAUUGUGCAAAAGAAAAAUACACACUUACUUAUUGACAACAAACAUAAGAAACACCCUUUGGUAGAGCUGUGCACAACUGCACAAAUGCACAACUGUAAACAAUAUUGCAGUACAUAUUGGAACAUACAACAUACACAGUAUCAUUCAUGCACAUCCAGACAUUCCUGUCUGUCUGGCCACAUACCCUUCCGCUUCCUCCCCGCAUCCUCACCCCUGUUCCACGACAUUGACCUUCCAUUUCUGUGUCACAGUAUUGUAGAAAUGGUACACACUAUGUCCUGCUCGGUUCAUAUAUGUUUGCCAAGUGAAGGUUCAUGGGAUUCAGCUUUGAGUGACUGUGGAGAAGUGGCUUAUCAUUGGUUACAACUAAUACUUCACACACUCCUCCUCAUCAGUGAAAGCUGAGGUUCAUCUGAGAGAAAUUGUUCAAUUUAGGAGACAUUCUCAGGAAAAAAAUAUGAAGAAAUGUAUAAAAUUUGCUUGACAGAUUUUGAAAAUUAGUUCAACAUUUUUGUAUGUAAUGACUCAAGCAACUAAAUGAGGACUAUUAGUUUUAUAGGGAAUGACUAUUCAGCAUUCAUAAGUAUAGUUCAUUUUGACUGACAUGACAUAAGCAAAUGAUAAUGUUAUAAAACAGCAGAGAAUUGUAUCAAAGCAAUUGAUGCAUGUCCAAAAGCAUUUGCAAUUUGUUGGAAAGAAUGAGAAACUGCUAUUAUGAUGUGCACAAAUGACUAAAUGUUGCGGAGGUUGAACUAACAGUUAUGAGAAUUUAAAUUCUGAUCAGAGAAAUGCACUAAAGCAACUGAGAAAAACUGUAAUCACCCUCUUUCCCUUUUUGACAGGUGCUGUGGGUGCAGGGCAGCAGUCCAGUCCCCUGGUGGUGUUUCUCACAAUUCCUUUUUCAUUGGUGUGCAGUGUCACAGUACCAGAGAAAGUGAUUACAGUGCUAUGCUGCAGCCAGAGAUAAAGACUGAUCACCGACCAUGAAGGCCAGCGAUUCUAAUAGGACAAGCAUCAUCAUCUUCGUCUUACUGGUUGUCUUUGUCUUAGUCUUUGUGCUACUAAACAUGCAGCAUAAAGUCCACCAUCCUAAACAAUCCACCAUCAAUGUAUCAACAGUUUCCACUGACCCCGACAAGCGUCACGGCUUCUGCACCUUCCAGCCACACUCCCAUGAGGACACUGUGGAGGAACGCCUCCUACUAGACUCCAUUGCUUGGCCUGAAACUCCACUUUUGCCAUCUCCUGUUUCCCUGGAGAAUACCAGUGAUCCAGCUCACAGCACCUUCCACAUUCUCCCAAGGAGGGGAGGAGGACAGUGGCACGUAGGGGAUCAGCUGGAGGUCAUGAUAACAAUGUCUGACUUUCAGGACCGUUCCAAGGAGUAUGGGGGGGACUUCUUACUCGCCCGCUUGCACAACCUGAAGCUUGGUGCAGGUGUAGCUGGGCAAGUGGUGGAUCAUCUCAAUGGGAGUUACUCUGCUGUGUUCUCUUUACUCUGGGAAGGAGACGCGCAGGUUGAGGUGACGCUGGUUCACUCUAGUGAGGCUAUCACAGUGCUGAGCAGGGUGACCAGAGAACAUCCUGACAGGGUUACCUUCAGCAGCCUCUUCCGCUCUGGCUCACGCUCUGAAACUACCCUCUGUAACGUCUGCCUACGUCCAACCCAGAAACCUCUUUGCAACUACACUGACCUCCGUACAGGUGAGCCUUGGUUCUGCUACAAGCCAAAGAAGCUGAGCUGUGAUGCCAGAAUCAGCCACUCCAGGGAAAUAUACAGACCAAACCUCAAGGAAGACGAGAGGAAGCUCUUUCAAAGUGGUGUCAACAUGAAAGUCCUCAUUCAGGCUUCAGGACCUGACAGUGUCAGCAUAUUGCCAAAAGAGGAAGGUCAGCCAGAGGUUAUGAGAAGCAAUGUGACAUCUGGACCCUCUGGCUAUUACUACCAUGGUAUGUGGAGAGCACUAGGAGGCCCCACAGUUCAUCAAUUCAACACCUCUGCCAUCAGUCAGUGUCUGAAAGGCAAGGUGGUCCACAUGUAUGGAGACUCCACCAUCAGGCAGUGGUUUGAAUACCUCAGAGCUCUACCAGAUCUUAAGGAGUUCGACCUGCACAGCCAGAGGCAAGUUGGACCUUUCAUGGCCUUACACUAUGCAAACAACAUCUUGGUGACAUUCCGCUGCCACGGUCCUCCUAUCCGUUUUAACAUGGUCCACACCAGCGAGCUUCGUUACAUUGCUAAUGAACUAGAUGGUGUAAAUGGAGGCAUCAACACUGUUGUAGUUUUUGGUAUCUGGUCUCACUUCAGCACUUUCCCUGUGGAGAUCUACAUCCAGCGGAUCCGGAGCAUCCGCAGGGCGGUUGUGAGGCUGCUGGACAGGGCUCCAGGCACGCUGGUCAUUAUCCGGACAGGGAACCCCAAAGUUUUAAAGGGACUUUAUGAAACAUUAACCAACAGUGACUGGUACACUCUGCAGCAUGAUAAGGUGCACAGACUCAUGUUCAAAGGACUGAAUGUUCAUCUGAUUGAUGCCUGGGAGAUGGUCGUGGCCCACCACCUGCCACACAGCCUCCACCCACAACCUCCCAUUGUUAAGAAUAUGAUUGACCUUGUCUUGUCUUACAUAUGCCCUUAGAGGGACAGUUAUUAAACCACAUACUGAGUUUACACGUUAUGUCUCUUUCUUCCUCAGACUGUGUUUAAAGAUAGUGACUGGCUGCAGUAUAGGUCAUAAACCCCGCCCCCUCCAUGAUGGGACAUAGGCCUAAGAGGUAUCUACUGUUUCUUCUUCAUACCCUUUCUGUACUUAGUUAGAUUGGGGGUGUGAUCUAUACAAUGGAGUUUCCACUCUUUUUACAUUAUUACUCAGUAAUUCACACAUAAACAAAAAGGUAUGUGCUGUUCUUUCAUUAUUACUUUAUACAUAAA